AUGAUGAUGUGCGAGGUGAUGCCCACCAUUUCUGAGGAUGGGCGAAGUGGGACUGCUGGGGGCCCCUCCUCACCUGUCGGGGCAGGAGGCGGAGGCGCUGGAGGUCCGAUGGGAGGUGGCUUCAGUGGGAGGGAGCCCAGAGGAGGAGGAGAUGAAGGAGGCAGCACAGGGAACCUGGAAUCGUUGAUGGUCAACAUGCUGACAGAGAGGGAGAGGCUGCUGGAGAACCUGAGAGAGACACAGGACUGCCUGGGCACGGCUCAGCUACGCCUCCGCGAGCUCGGACACGAAAAGGAGUCACUUCAAAGGCAGCUUUCUAUUGCUCUGCCACAGGAGUUUGCCGUGUUGACUAAAGAGCUGAACGUUUGCCGGGAGCAGCUUCUGGAGAGGGAGGAGGAGAUUGCUGAGCUCAAGGCAGAGAGAAACAACACACGUUUGUUGCUGGAACACCUGGAGUGUCUGGUGUCUCGUCAUGAGCGCAGUCUGAGGAUGACGGUGGUGAAAAGACAAGCCCAGUCCCCGGCAGGAGUCUCCAGUGAGGUGGAAGUCCUCAAGGCCCUUAAGUCUCUGUUUGAGCACCAUAAGGCCCUGGAUGAGAAGGUUCGAGAGAGGCUCCGUGUUGCCCUCGAGAGGGUGUCCAUGUUAGAGGAUCAACUUGCAGUGUCUUCUACAGAGGUAAUCUCUUUAAGAGACCAAAUUAAAAGACGUCAACAAGGGGUGGACGGCGGGAAAGAUCGACUACCCAAUGGCCCCUCCACUGGUUUGGAGGAUAGCGAGGUCGAAAGGCAACGAGAAGGAGAGAUAGAGCGGCAGAGAGCUGAACUCUCCCAGCUGAGGGAGAGGCUGGCCCUCAUGUGCCGGCAGGUUGGGGAAAUAGAGGAACAGCUUGCGGCCGCCAGGAGGGAGGUGACGAAGUCGGAGGAGGCCAAUCUGAAGCUCCAAAGGGAAGUGAAGGAGGCCCUUUGCCAAAGAGAGGACAUGGAGGAAAGGAUUACAACACUGGAACGCAGGUACCUCAGCGCCCAGAGGGAGGCGACUUCUCUCCAUGAUAUCAAAGACAAGCUGGAAAAUGAGCUAGCCAGCAAGGAAUCACUGCACAGACAGAGUGAAGAGAAGAACAGACAGCUACAGGAACGUCUGGAUGAAGCCAAGCAGAAGCUCCAGCAGACCCUACAGAGGGCAGAGACACUGCCUGAGAUUGAGGCCCAGCUUGCUCAAAGGGUUGCUGCUCUCAACAAGGCAGAGGAACGCCAUGGAAACUUUGAGGAGCGACUGCGGCAAAUGGAAGCUCAACUUGAAGAGAAGAACCAAGAGCUGCAGAGGGCAAGGCAGAGGGAGAAGAUGAAUGACGAACACAACAAGCGCCUCUCAGAUACAGUGGACAAGCUUCUGUCUGAGUCCAAUGAGCGACUUCAGCUCCACCUCAAAGAGAGGAUGGCGGCACUAGAAGAGAAGAAUGCUCUCUCAGAGGAACUGUCCAAUAUGAAGAAAAUCCAAGAUGAUCUUCUAGCUAAUAAGGAGCAGCUCCUUGCUGAGCUGGAGCGAAUCCAACUGGAGCUGGAUCAGCUGAGAGGCAGGCCUGGCUCCUCUUAUUCCAGGACGGGCAGCGUGAGCUCACUUCCCUCCACCCUUUUUCGAAGAUCUCUUCCAGGGAGCGCCUCGGAGCUGCGGUACCCCCAAGGUGGAGGCUCAUUGCCGGCAGGCUACGGCAACUCCUCUAGUGGGGUGGUGGUGAGGCGAGCACACCGUGGCCGGUGGGGGACUCCUAGAGAUGAUAGUAACAAGUAUGGAGAGUGGGACAGUGGCACCAUGCUGGGUCCGGGAUUUGAGGGUGGCGUGGAGGGAGGCUGCUCUGACGACGAGGAUGACAGGGAGACUCUGUUCGGAUCGGAGCUGCUCUCUCCCAGCGGACAGACAGAUGUACAGACUUUGGCCAUCAUGCUACAGGAGCAACUGGAGGCCAUCAACAAGGAGAUUAAGCUAAUUCAGGAGGAAAAGGAGAGCACAGAGCUGAGGGCAGAAGAGAUUGAGAGCCGGGUCAGCAGCGUGGCCCUUGAUGCCUCACCUCUUCCACCCUCCUCGCUGGGAGGACGGGACAGCGUUGGGAGGGGUUACAUGACUCCCUCCAUCACCUCCUCUACAUUGGCAUCUCCCUCACCACCCAGUUCUGGACAUUCCACCCCCCGCCUGCCACAUUCCCCUGCCAGGGAGAGUGACAGACAGAAUAGCAAAGAUGGUGAAGAAUGUAGAGCACUUGCGCUGAUUGACUCCACCCCUCCUCCUGUUCCUCGAGCCCUACGAUUGGAUCGAAUGACACACACUCACCCGGGGGCAGGCCUUGAUGACCACCGUGAAUUUCGCAGUCUCUCUGCUGAUGGUGCCACCACUGCUAGCCAGGAUUCCCUCCACAAAGCCAGCAAAAAGAAAAGCAUUAAGUCGUCCAUUGGUCGUCUCUUUGGCAAAAAGGAAAAGGGGAGGAUCGGUGCACCUGGGCGCGAAUCUGCCUCUCUGGCCUCCACACCCUCUGAUGACCUGGGUUCAGCUGACCCACUAGGCCUGACUAAAAUUGGGACUGGAACAGUGGAAAAAGACCGCCGUAGCAAAAAGAAGCACGACCUGUUAGAGGAAGCCUGUCGUCAGGGUCUGCCUUUUGCCUCAUGGGAUGGCCCGACUGUUGUUACAUGGCUUGAGCUGUGGGUAGGGAUGCCAGCAUGGUAUGUGGCAGCGUGCCGCGCCAAUGUGAAGAGCGGCGCCAUUAUGGCUAACCUGUCGGACACAGAGAUCCAGAGGGAGAUUGGCAUCAGCAACCCUCUACACAGGCUCAAACUCCGCCUGGCCAUCCAGGAAAUGGUCUCCCUCACUAGUCCAUCUGCACCUGCAAGCACUCGCUCUUCGACCAGUAAUAUUUGGAUGACACAUGCUGAGAUGGAGUCUCUCACUGCUGCCACCAAGCCAGAGCAGAAGGAGUUCAGCUGGGACCAGAUCCUGGCCUAUGGAGACAUGAACCACGAGUGGGUGGGAAACGAGUGGCUGCCCAGCUUGGGUCUGCCCCAGUACCGCUCCUACUUCAUGGAGUCACUGGUGGAUGCCCGCAUGCUUGAUCACCUCACCAAGAAAGAACUGAGGGGCCAGCUGAAAAUGGUGGACAGUUUCCACAGGGUGAGUCUUCACUAUGGUAUCAUGUGCUUGAAGCGCUUGAAUUAUGACAGGAAGGAGCUGGAGAGGAGGAGGGAUGAGAGUCAACACCAGAACCAAGAUGUAAUGGUGUGGUCCAAUGAGCGUGUGAUGUGUUGGGUGCAGUCUAUCGGUCUGAAAGAGUUUGCAGACAACCUAUUAGAAAGCGGGGUGCACGGGGCCCUCCUAGCGCUAGAUGACACCUUUGACUACACUGAUUUGGCCCUCCUCCUCCAGAUACCCAAUCAGAACACACAGGCGAGGCAGCUCCUAGAGAAGGAGUAUAAUGCUCUCAUCUCCAUGGGAACAGAGAGGAGGCCAGAUGAGGAUGGCACGAAAACAUUUACACGGUCACCAUCAUGGAGGAAGAUGUUCAGAGAGAAGGACCUCCGCGGCGUGACCUCCGACUCCUCAGAAACAUUACCUGCCAACUUCCGUGCCUCUGCCAUCUCGACCCCCUCUGUCACCCUGAGAAAAGUCCAGAGUGAAGUAAACUCUGGUCCAAGAGGAGAAUCGGGGUCCGUGAGAACAUAUUCCUGCUAAAAGAUAAGCACACCAGAAUCCCCACCUCCAUCCUUACCCAAGGAAGAACCACAUUUUUGAAGAAGAAAAAAAACUGGACACUAGAAGAUGACCAACAACAUUCGAGCCAGAUGUCUCGAAGAAUUAAAGACAAUGAGUGAAUGAUGUAUGAAAAGAUGAUAAAAUAAUGAGUGGAUGUCUGUUUAUCCAUCUCUCUCUCUCUCUCUCUCUCUCUCUCUCUCUCUCUCUCUCUCUCCCUCCCUCUCUCUCUCACACGCCAUCUGGAUCCAUAGUUGUGGCAUGAUGCUGUUUGAUUCUGUAGAAAGUGACCAUUGCCUAUUGUGAACACAUCUCCUGUCUGUGCGAGAUGGCAAUACUGACACAAUGAGUUUAUUGUUUUGAAAUUGGAGACAUGCAUUCCUGUUCAAGAUCAAGGGAACAAUACCCCAACACGCAUCCCUGCGGGUGAUCUUCCUAUGAUUUAGACUGAUAAUAGAACAUACUCUGCCUAGUAACACCACAAUGCAGUAGAGUUUGGGGAGAGGGAGGUUCAAAGGGAGAAGCUAAGUGUACACAGGGUGAAAAGAAAUGUAUGUUCUUAAGCCAUAACAGACAUGAGAUGCACAAAUGUGAAUUGGACAGACAAUGAAACAACUAGCAAAGUGCUUUAUGACAAAAUCCUGUUCAAACUGGGGCGGAAAAAAAGAGUUAAUCAUUUGUGUUAAAUAUGCAUGCCAAAAUCAACCAUUUUAGAGUGAACGUCAUGAUAUCAAUCAUCUAAUGAUGUGAAAGCUUGGUUCAGGACUUUGUAAAAUGUGUGUAUUUUAUUUUUAUCAUUUUUUUAUGAUAACUGCUAUUGUAUGUAUGUACAGUGUGUGUGUGUGUGUGUGUGUGUGUGUGUGUGUGUGUGUGUGUGUGUGCGCGUGUGUGUAUGUGUGUAUUAAACCGUACGUUCAUUUCAUACUUAGUUUUAAGACUGACUGUAAUUUCAUUUUAGGUUGAAAAAGGAAAUAUGUUUUAAAUUAUGGACAUUUAAGAUAUGCUACUUGUAUGUGUACAUUUUGAAAAAAAACUAAUUGUGUUAUGAUUUAAAUUCAUAUUAUUGGAGAGUAGUGGUGAUAAUUGAAUAUAAUAUGAUAACAAUAAUGAUUAUGAUUGUAAAAGCUGUAAUUAAAAAACAUACCUGUAACUGCUACUGAAGGAGUUAUUUGUAGUUUACUCUCACGCUGACCGGUUACAGAAGAUCACAGUCACAGGUGAACUGAUCACUGACUUGAGAUGAGCCAAAACAGGAAGAGGAAACCCCAGUGUUUCUUAGACAUGGCGAAGGUUAUAAAUAGUACAUGUGUUUGUAUCCUGAACAGGUAAUCACAGAAGAGG